AUGUCGCUGUCGACGCUGCGGCGGAGAGAAAAUUCGAGGGCCAGAGAGCUGACGCCUGAUGGACGAGCACCAGGUGAAGAUCAGGCUCAAGGCGCUCGAGCUCCUGGCCGUGGUGCAGGAGAGGGCAGAAGGUUGGAGAUAGGGGGCGCUGACAGGAGAUUGGAAGCCCUGUUGGAGGAGGAAAGGACUAGAGCGGCUUCGGUGCCGGUGGCUGGUGUCCGCCGACUCCGGUUGGAGGAUGGGCGAGACCAAACCCGGGCCUUGGAUGAUGGAGGCCGGGAGGCUGCUGGUCGUGGGGCGCAAGGUGGACCCAUCGGAACCUUGGAGGACGGAGCCAGAGCCAUGGGGCUUGGCCAGCGUCAAGGCGGACCGAUGGAGGCCUUGGAUCCCAGAGCCAGUCUCGACGACAGAGGGGAACGAUCGCUCUUGCAAAGUACUCCAGCUCGAGCUCAGGCGGGCCAUAGACCUGAAGUUGGACGUUCAGGAGGCUGUGAAAGCGCUGAUGGACUUCGUGCUGGAGGUCAAGUUGGAGGCAGAACUGACAUAGCCCCAAGAGUUUUGGAUCCAUACGGGACGCCUGGAUCGCAGGGGUGCCAUGGAACGCGCUCCUGGAGCUGGAAGAAGACGAAGCUGAAGAAAAUCAAGGAGGUGAUCACAAGGCUGCUGAAGAGCUCAAUCAAAAAUGGUUGGGGCAUGUUGGAGCAUGCCAAAAUGCUGUCAGAGCCAGUGGGAGUGCAGAACCUGACGAUGGUUGAACCAUUGGCAUCCCGACAUCAGUCUGAUGUGGCUCGGGUGGCGGCUCGGCUUUACUCUCGCUAUCGAGCCCUUGGUGUUGGAGUUUUGAGGAUCCACACGGAUCGAGAAACAGCCUUUUUAUCCCGACACUUCCAAGCCUGGUGUCAACGCAUUGGGGUAUGGCAAACCCUUACUGGAGGGGACGAAGGCCCCAGUAACGGAAGAAUCGAGUCGGAGGUCCACCAGGUGAAACGCCGGGUCCGCCUCUUGCUCAGUGGUUCCGGGUUGGACCAAAAGUACUGGCCCGGUGUGGCGCGGUACGCCGGGGAAGAGAGGCUACGGAAACAGCUGGCGACCUUUGGUGUCCCAGUACAGCCGCUUCUCCCCAUCGGCUCGAGGCCGCAGGGCACCCACACAGGCGUCUCCAUGGUAAGCAGAUGUAAGCAGCCUCCGGACCCGACCUUGCCCCAUGUGCCGCCUCCAAAACAACACCCUGACGGCGACUUCCUGUCCCUUGCAGCUCACGGUUCUGAAGGUGAAGAACCUGGGGGAGCUGAAGCAGAGAUAGAGGAUCAGGGGGAGCCACCUCAACUUGAAGAGGGUGAAGAUGGGCCACAGUGGCCACAAGGAAUCUUCAGUGAUGGAGAGGAGGAACCUGUGCCAGCCCUUCAUACGAUGCGGGCUGGGGGGGAGAACACAAACCUCUCCAGCACUUUGAAAACUUUGAAAACUUCUGGUAGUGCAGUUUUUGGCACUUCUGGAUUGCACCAAUGUCGAGGAUGCGGUCUUCAACAACUGGAUGAGAAAGCCUGUGGGUUUUGUGGACAAGCUUCCAAGGUGGAUCGGCAACGGGUAUGUGCCAGCAGAGCUCUCUGCUCCCUGCAAUAUGGAGAUCAACUGUCACAGCGUCUUCGGGAAGAGCACUGGGGAUGGAAAAACCAGCUGAUGGAAGAGCUCAGAAGUGUAGCAGUUGGUGAGGAUGAAGGGGGGCUGCAUGGCUACACCUUGGAGUUUUUGGAGGGCCAGAUCACCACUUUGGAGGAUGAGCUGGUGGAGUUGGAUCGUUCGGAGAAUGUGGCUCGUUUGAAGUCACUGGUGGCCAAUAGCCAGCAAGGUGGCCAAGAUCAGCCUAAUGGGCCGCCUUUCCCUUUUUUUACAAACCUACACCGUGCCAUUGCAGCAGGUGAGGAAAGAGCUGGACCUGUGGAAACAGCCUUUACUGGCAGAAUACAAAAGCCUCUUGGACACGGGUGCUAUCCAGGUGACCAACGAAGAAGAAGUGAAACGGCAUCCCAACUAUGCCAACUUGGAGAGAGCGCCGGCCAUGUUGGUGCCGACGAUAAAAGCUCCAGAAAGGCUCGUAUAGUGAUCUGUGGCAACAGGAUCGAGAAGGCUGAUGGGAGUCAACAGAGCAUCGAGGUGGAGAAGUCGUCGCCAUUUUCAACCUAUGCUGGUGGCGCGGAUGGCACUCUCCUGCGAUGUUUGACCAGGAAGGCAGCUGCAGAGGACUGGACGGUGGCAUCUCUGGAUGUAGCCACAGCUUUCCUACUUGCCCCUCGCCGAGCUGCCUCCCAAUGCCUCUUGAUCAUGAAGCCGCCUCGCAUUUUGAUUGAGGCCGGAAUCUGUGAUGAAGGCGACCUAUGGCGCAUCGAAAAUGCGUUGUAUGGACUUCAAUCGUCCCCAGCUGAUUGGUCCAGUUACCGCAACAAUGAGCUCCAUUUGGUGAGAACUUCGGAGCAGAAUCUCUGGAAGAUUCUACCCACCAAGGAGCCGAUCAACAAGGAAGACGUGGCUCAGGGCUAUGUAGCUCUCUACGUGGAUGACGUGAUGGCCGUGGGAAACCAAGGCUUGGUCGACAGCUUUCUGGCGAAGAUUCAGGAGGCAGGAUGGUGCCCUGUUACUCUCUCUCAACGGUCCUACGUGAAAGAUGUCUUGGGCCGUUACUCCAACUUGUCGCCGAAGACGACACCUCUUCCUGCCUUGCUGGAUGAGGAAAAGGAAGAGAACAUCCAGGUCUCGGACAUUCGGGCCGCACAGACCAUUGUCGGCGAACUUUUGUGGGCCUCUUGCAGAACCCGCCCGGAUUUGAGUUUUGCUGUGGCCUGGUUAGGACAUCAGGGCCUCAUCGCCUUGUAUGGGGGUUCUCCGGUGCAGUGGGACUCUCGCUUGCAGCCUUUCGCAGUUCUCUCAACGACCGAGUCAGAGUUGGUUGGGUACUGUGAUGGUAUGGUGCUGGGCGAGCCAGUAUCCACCAUUGUGGAAAUUUUGGAGGAGAACCAGGUGGCCUUGUCUGGAGACAAGGUUCUUUACGGAGAUAGCCUUUCAGGGCUCAAGCUGCUGGAGUCCCCAGACGGUCCAUGGAGGACAAGGCACCUUCGGCUUCGCAGCCAUGUGCUACGGGAGCGGAUGCAGUGGGGGCUCUGGAAGGGCAGACAUGUACCUGGGAGCGAGCUGGCAGCUGAUUUUCUCACGAAAUCAAUCUCUGCGGCUACGCCCUGGGAGAAGUUCUACAAGUUUAUGGGACUGGUGGAUGGAGCUUCAGAGAAGGAAGAGCACUUGGAAGGGUCGGGGGGAGCUUUGGUGGCUUCAAGGAAUGCCGUGAAGGCGCAGGCCAUUGAAAAAGGGUGCCUGAGAAAAACCGAGCUCAGACCAAUUCAGGUCGAUGCGAAGGUCGAUGAACCCGCACUGGCCGCAUUGGACACUGCAGCCAACGGUUGCCCCGAGGGAGGGCCAUCGUCAGGGUCCAGGCCUCCACUCGGUGGAAAGGGUAGCUACGGCAGCAUUCCACCUGGAAGCUCGGUGUUGAUGAGGCGAGAACUUCCUACCAGGGAGAUGUGGAAUCUACCGGAAGUUGCCAAACAGGCAUGCGUUCAGCAGCUGCUUGGACGUAUAGGCUUUGUCAGUCUUCCAGUCAAUGAGCUCAACCCUUUGAUGAUGGCAAUCCAAGAGGGCCCAGUGGUUGUCUCUGUGGACGGUGAGCCUUGGAGCAACUACGAGUCGGGCGUCUUUGACGGUUGCCGAAGGGAUGCAACUGUGAACCACGCUGUUCUCCUUGUUGGCUACGGCCAUGAUUCCUCUGUGCAGAAGGACUACUGGUUGGUUCGCAACUCAUGGGGUGAGUGGUGGGGUGAGAAGGGCUUCAUCCGCGUGCAGCGGCAUUCCUCUGACAAGGGCGAGGAGGGCUACUGUGGCACAGACUAUGAUCCCAAGCAAGGUGUUGGCUGCCAAGGUGGCCCUGCAACCUUGCCUGUUUGUGGCAUGUGCGGCAUCCUCUCCGACUCCGUCUAUCCAGAAGGAGUAAGCUCGAUGUGA